AAAAUCCGUCGUCAGACACAACGUCGAUCGUUUAAAUAAGCCUGAAAAGAUUAACAAUUUUAUUAAUUUUUGAAGAUGGGUCUCGAGACCCGGAACGUGACCGUUUAAAUAAGCAUGAGAAGUUUAACAAUUUCAUUAAUUAUGAAUAUAUACCCGCGGUGCAGAAGAAUGAAAGUUACUAUGUAGUUUACGUCCACUUCUUCAGGGAACGUUAGUGCUAAGUGCACGAGGGCAUUUUGAGGUAACCUGCAAAAGACCGUCAUGGACGUCAUGUCCUCUCUCAGGUUUCUCUCUGAUUCGACGCUGAUUGUCGCGCAUGUAUGAAAGAGUAUAUUGGAGGAUAUCACAAAGGGUGAAUGAAUCGUGAUCGAUUAUAAUGCUAAAUACGUUCGCUAAAUUGCUUGCGCACAGAAUCCACCUAGUUUCGUCGUUUCUGCCGUAUCGCAAUAAGCACUGUCAUCCCAGACACAUAUUGAAGAUGAACGAGGCAUUUCUCCGCUAUGAAAAAGGCAAUGACAUGUUCGACAUCUCAUUUCGCUACGUGGACGAGGUGAUGAAGGUUGAUCGUCAGUUCAACUUUUCCAGACAGGCCGCGGAAAGUGUAAACAAUUUCCUUAAAAGGAUCGACACAAAUGUUUGCAAGAUUUUAAAUCGAAAGGCAGAAAGAAAAAAGAAGAAAAACGCUGCUUCAGAGGUAUCCGAGUUGACAGUGAACAAUGUGGAGAAUGGAAAGAUCAUGCUUCUCAAGAAUGAUACCAAAGUGGAUGGUGAAAUAUUGUGUGAAAGCCUUCUGCAGGAUUCUGCAGAGUUAAAACUGAUCAUUUUUGAGAAGACCUUCCUAGUGAAGCGAAAUGCACCUUAUAUUAUCAAAAUUUCGUUACCGUCGAGCAUAUUGGCAGGUUUUCCAAUUUAUCCAUCCAAGUUUGAAUCACUCUAUACUGACAUGAAGCAAUCAACGUUUGACUGGUACAAGAACAAUCCUGUCAAACUUUAUUCGUGGACACACGUAGGCAAUGGAUAUCUAUACAUACCCAGUGUGACUGAUAUUGGCUGCCAUUUGAAGAUCAGCUGUGAACCGCGGAAUGAGUCGGACUCUGGUUCUAGGAUGGAAGUAGAAUCGAAGAAUGUCGUGGAGGCCGGCCCUGGACAAUGCCCAUUUGACACUCGACAUCAGUUCACGAAACAUAAAUUGUCAGGCAGGAGUUUCAGAGUAAUAUCUUAUAACGUAUUGGCAGAUACGUAUGCCGAUUCUGAUUUUUCUAAGGAUGUAUUAUUCCCAUACUGUCCGCAAUAUGCAUUAGAUAUGGAUUAUAGAAAACAAUUGAUACUUAAAGAGAUAAUAGGUUUUAACGGCGAUAUAAUUUGCUUGCAAGAGGUAGAUAAAAGCAUAUACGAAUAUGACUUAUUGCCUUCUCUGUACAUGUUGAAUUACGAUGGCGUGUUCGUUACAAAGAACGAAAUUAGCGAAGGACUCGCCACAUUUUUCAAUCAGGAUAGAUUCGAAAAGUUAGGAUUUGAAUACAGCGUAAUGGCUCAAAACAUUGAUUGUCCCAAGUUUGCUGCGGUGUGGUCUAAAAUCGUCAAUGACAAGAUGAAGGAGAGAUUUUUGAGUAGAAACACAACCAUUCAGGUAACAACGUUACGAUCGAAAGAGAACCAAUCUGAAAUCUUGAUCAUCGGCAACACGCAUUUAUACUUUAAACCUGAUGCAGAUCAUAUACGUUUGUUGCAAGGAUAUUAUGCCGUUACAUAUAUACACGAUGUCGCAAAAAGGAUUCGAGAAGAGAAUCCCGCGUGUAACGUGAGCGUGAUGCUUUGCGGUGAUUUUAACAGUGUGCCGGAAUGCGGCAUUUAUCAACUGAUGACGGAGAAUUACGUUCCGGAAACCUGUGAAGAUUGGAAGAGUAAUGCCGAGGAAGCUGUAGAAAACGUAUCCUUAGCGCAGGACCUUUGUAUGUCUAGCGCUUGCGGCACGCCAGAAUAUACAAACUAUACGCCCGAGUUCUCCGCCUGUUUGGACUACAUAUUUUACGAGAAAGACAAAUUCGAGGUGGAACAAGUGGUCCCGAUGCCCAGUAAGGAGGAGCUUACUCUUAACACGGGCUUGCCGUCCGUGGUGUUUCCUAGUGAUCAUAUAUCUUUAUGCGCCGAUUUAAAAUUGAAAGGAUGAUAGUGAAUGAAUGUUUAUUAUUCUCAUGGGGAGUUCAAAUAAUUUUGAACUUAAUAAUACUAAAUGCAACGUAACUCAAACCUUAUUUUUAUCCCAACCUCAUCCAAUUUGUCCCUGAUCUAUCGUUUGCACACACAGGAUCUUCAUUUCCGUCAUCUGUUCGAAAAGGUGAAAAUUGAAAAAUAAUAUGUAUGAAGUUAUAAACUUUUCACUGUUGAUAAGAAAAUAGACUGUCAUAUAAGACGUAAAA